CUCCUCACGCGGCCGGUCCGCGCGCGCGCCUCCCGCGUGGCGGGGCGGGAGGGUCGGUCCGGCAGUGAGGCCCGGAGGAUGGAAAGCCACGGAGGAGGAGGACGAGGAGAAGGAGGACGAGGAGGAGAAGCGGAGCCCCGAGCCCGGCCCGUGAGCUCUUAGGCGUUGGGAGUGGAAUUUCAUUUCUCUGCGUAUGGAUCACUGAAUGAAUAAUAGAUGGCCUUACCUCGUCUUACUGGAGCAUUACGCUCCUUUUCAAAUGUCACCAAACAAGAUGAUUAUAAUGAAGAAUCGGCCGACUUAAUGACUAAACGAUCCAAGCUUCAUGAGCACAUUUUAGGCUUGGGCCUUACAUGGAAGAAGAUAGUAAAAUUUGUGGAUGAUAAUCUUGAGAAGAAAGAAGUGCAAAUUGUCAGUGAAGAUUUGAAAGCUAUAUUACAAGCAGCAAGACAGAUAGUUGGAACGGACAAUGGGCAAGAAGCAAUCGAAAGUGGCGCUGCUUUCCUCUUCAAGACGUUUCACAUGAAGGAUUGCGUCGGUCACAAUGAGACAAAGGCCAUCAAGCAGAUGUUUGGUCCCUUUCCAUCGUCAUCUGCAACCGCUGCUUGCGAUGCCACGGGUCGGAUUGCUUCGCACUUUGAGGAAGAACAUCUCGCAGCCUUUGUACAACUGGCCAAAGAGAAGAAUGGUGACGGAGGAUUCUUCGGUAAGAACAUAGUGUUUUCAUUUGACAUGCACGAACUGGAUCACUGUGAGGAGCUGCCAAUGAACGGCGAUGUGGAUACCCAGAAAAUGAUAAGCCUGGACUAUAAGAAGUUUCUGAAUAACCACUUGGAACAUUUCCAAGGUAGUUACACGUCAGAUCUCAAGCCCGAGGAAAAAACAAAUACUUCCUAUCUGUGGUGCGAAGUUGAGAAGUAUUUGAAGGAAACUUUGAAGGGAACUGCGGAAGCACCGAGCCCGGAAGAUCUCUGCUGCACUUUGUACGAUAUGCUUGCAUCCGUGAGGAGUGGCGAUGAACUUCAGAAUGAGUUAUUUGAACUGUUAGGACCCGAGGGACUUGAACUUAUAGAGAAACUCCUCCAAAAUAGAGUUACAAUUGUGGAUCGAUUCCUUUCUUCACCAAAUGACCACAAGCUUCAGGGCUUGCAAGACCAGUGUAAGAAAAUUUCUGGGGAGAAUUCUAAACCUAACUAUGGCUGUCAAGUCACUAUUCAGUCUGAACAAGAAAAGCAGUUGAUGAAGCAAUAUCGCCGAGAAGAAAAACGAAUUGCUCGGCGAGAGAAACGAGCGGGAGAAGAUGGAGAAGUUUUGGGAGAAGGACUAAUGGGCUUUGAUCCCAAGGAGCUGCGGAUGCAAAGAGAACAGGCACUUUUGAAUGCCCGAAGCGUACCGGUUCUGGGCAGACAGAGAGAGAUGGACUUUGAAAAAAUUCAUUAUCCCCAUGUUUAUGAUUCCCAGGCUGAAGCCAUGAAAACAUCAGCAUUCAUCGGUGGUGCAAAGAUGCUUUUACCAGAAGGAAUUCAAAGGGAGAACAAUAAAAUGUAUGAAGAAGUAAAAAUUCCCCACAGUGAGCCAAUGCCUGUGGGCUUUGAGGAGAAGCCAGUUUACAUCAAAGACUUAGAUGAGGUUGGGCAGCUUGCUUUUAAAGGAAUGAAGAGGCUGAACCGGAUCCAGUCAAUAGUGUUUGAAACUGCCUACAACACGAAUGAGAAUAUGCUGAUUUGUGCCCCCACCGGAGCAGGCAAGACCAACAUUGCCAUGCUGACCGUUCUGCACGAAAUCCGCCAACAUGUGCAACAAGGCGUCAUCAGAAAGGACGAGUUUAAGAUUGUGUAUGUUGCACCGAUGAAGGCCUUGGCAGCUGAAAUGACAAAUUACUUUCGCAAGCGUCUGGAGCCUCUGGGCAUCACUGUAAAAGAGCUGACUGGUGAUAUGCAGUUGUCCAAAGGUGAAAUUUUACGGACACAGAUGCUUGUGACCACGCCUGAGAAAUGGGAUGUUGUGACGAGAAAAAGUGUUGGGGACGUGGGCCUUUCUCAACUGGUAAAGCUUCUGAUUCUUGAUGAAGUUCAUUUACUGCAUGAGGACAGAGGACCGGUAUUGGAAAGUUUAGUGGCCCGCACUCUCCGGCAGGUUGAAUCUACACAAAGCAUGAUAAGGAUUUUAGGUCUUUCCGCUACAUUGCCCAACUACCUCGAUGUUGCCACGUUUUUGCACGUGAAUCCCUACAUUGGCCUUUUCUACUUCGAUGGACGUUUUCGACCCGUGCCUCUUGGCCAGACGUUUCUUGGGAUUAAGACUACAAAUAAGGUUCAACAGCUGAAUAAUAUGGAUGAAGUAUGUUAUGAAAAUGUUUUGAAGCAAAUCACAGCUGGACACCAGGUGAUGGUGUUUGUGCACGCCCGAAAUGCCACGGUGCGAACAGCUAUGUCACUUCGGGAAAAAGCCAAAAAUAAUGGUCACAUGUGCUACUUUUCGCCCACUCAGAACUCAGAUUAUGGACACGCUGAAAAACAGGUUCAAAAGUCAAGAAAUAAGCAGUUGCGAGAGCUGUUUCCGGAUGGCUUCAGUAUUCACCAUGCAGGAAUGCUGCGUCAAGACAGAAAUUUGGUUGAAAACCUGUUUUCUAAUGGCCAUAUAAAAGUCCUGGUUUGUACAGCGACCUUAGCCUGGGGUGUCAAUCUUCCAGCUCAUGCGGUUAUCAUUAAGGGAACACAGAUCUAUGCGGCAAAACGAGGCUCCUUUGUUGACCUUGGAAUUCUCGACGUCAUGCAGAUAUUUGGUCGCGCUGGAAGGCCACAGUUUGACAAAUUCGGGGAAGGCAUCAUCAUCACGACCCACGAUAAACUCAGCCACUACCUGACACUGCUUACACAGCAGAACCCAAUUGAAAGCCAGCUUUUGGAGAACCUUGCAGACAACUUAAAUGCAGAGAUUGCCCUAGGAACAGUAACUAAUGUGGAAGAAGCAGUGAAGUGGAUAAGUUACACUUAUCUUUAUGUACGGAUGAGAGCAAAUCCAUUAGUAUAUGGCAUCAGUCACAAGGCUUAUCAGAUGGACCCAACUUUAGAGAAACACCGUGAGCAGUUGGUCAUCGAAGUUGGACGGAAACUAGAUAAAGCUCGCAUGAUCCGUUUCGAAGAGCGGACUGGAUUUUUUUCUUCAACAGAUUUGGGCAGAACUGCCAGCCACUACUAUAUAAAAUACAAUACUAUUGAGACUUUCAAUGAACUCUUUGAUGCCCACAAAACAGAAGGUGAUAUCCUCGCUAUCGUAUCCAAAGCUGAAGAGUUUGAACAGAUUAAGGUCAGAGAAGAGGAAAUAGAAGAAUUGGAUGUCUUACUGAACAAUUUCUGUGAACUUUCUGCUCCUGGUGGUGUAGAGAACAGUUACGGAAAAAUAAAUAUCCUCCUUCAAACCUACAUUAGCCGAGGCGAGAUCGACAGCUUCUCCCUUAUUUCAGAUUCUGCGUAUGUUGCACAGAAUGCUGCCCGAAUUGUCCGGGCCCUUUUUGAAGUGGCACUGAGGAAACGUUGGCCCGCCAUGACGUACCGCCUCCUGAACCUCAGCAAAGUCAUUGACAAACGGCUAUGGGGCUGGGCCAGUCCCCUGAGGCAGUUCUCCGUCCUGCCGCCUUCCGUCCUGACAAAACUCGAAGAUAAAAACCUCACAGUGGACAAGUUGAAGGACAUGAGGAAAGAUGAAAUAGGUCACAUGCUGCAUCAUGUGAAUAUUGGGUUAAAGGUCAAGCAAUGUGUCCAUCAAAUCCCUUCCAUUACAAUGGAAGCAGCUAUCCAGCCCAUUACCCGCACUGUGCUCCGGGUUAGACUGAGCAUCUGCCCUGACUUCAAGUGGAAUGAUCAGGUUCAUGGUGCUGUUGGGGAACCCUGGUGGAUUUGGGUGGAAGAUCCAACCAAUGACCAUAUUUACCAUUCGGAAUAUUUUCUCAUUCAGAAAAAACAGGUUAUUGGUAAAGAGCCUCAACAGCUGGUGUUCACAAUACCUAUAUUCGAACCUCUGCCUUCCCAGUACUAUAUUCGAGCUGUAUCCGAUAGAUGGUUAGGAGCAGAAGCCGUUUGUAUCAUCAACUUUCAACAUCUUAUUCUUCCAGAAAGGCAUCCUCCUCAUACAGAGCUCCUGGAUCUUCAGCCUUUACCCAUCACUGCCUUGGGAUGCCGGAAAUAUGAAUCACUGUACAAAUUCACCCACUUUAACCCUGUGCAGACACAGAUUUUUCACACAGUUUAUCACACCGACUGCAAUGUUCUGCUGGGAGCCCCCACGGGGUCAGGAAAGACUGUGGCUGCAGAAUUAGCCAUCUUCAGGAUCUUCAAUAAAUAUCCCUCUUCAAAGGCCGUGUACAUUGCACCUCUGAAAGCUCUAGUGAGAGAGCGAAUAGAAGACUGGAAAGUUCGGAUAGAAGAGAAACUGGGAAAAAAAGUUAUAGAACUGACAGGAGACGUGACCCCUGAUAUGAAAUCUAUUGCUCAAGCUGACCUUAUUGUCACUACCCCAGAGAAGUGGGAUGGGGUGAGCAGAAGCUGGCAGAACAGGAGUUAUGUUCAAAAAGUUGCCAUACUCAUUAUAGAUGAGAUCCAUCUGUUAGGGGAUGAGAGAGGCCCAGUUCUAGAGGUGAUUGUGUCGCGAACUAACUUCAUCUCAUCUCACACAGAGAAGCCCGUUAGAGUGGUUGGUCUCUCCACAGCUCUAGCAAAUGCCAGAGACCUGGCCGACUGGCUCAAUAUCAAUCAGAUGGGUUUAUUCAACUUCCGGCCAUCAGUGCGUCCAGUUCCAUUGGAAGUUCACAUCCACGGCUUCCCCGGACAGCAUUACUGUCCACGUAUGGCAAGCAUGAACAAGCCUGCAUUUCAAGCAAUUCGAAGCCAUUCUCCAGCCAAACCUGUUCUUAUAUUUGUGUCAUCCAGACGUCAAACCCGUCUCACGGCUUUGGAGCUGAUUGCUUUCUUGGCUACUGAAGAUGAUCCAAAACAGUGGUUGAAUAUGGAUGAAAGCGAGAUGAAUGACAUCAUUGGGACAGUAAGAGACUCCAGCCUCAAGCUGACGCUUGCCUUUGGAAUCGGAAUGCACCACGCCGGCCUGCAUGAAAGAGACAGGAAAACGGUGGAGGAGCUAUUUGUGAACUGUAAAAUUCAGGUUCUUAUUGCCACAAGCACAUUAGCCUGGGGAGUAAAUUUCCCAGCCCAUUUAGUAAUUGUAAAGGGAACAGAAUAUUAUGAUGGAAAAACAAGGCGUUAUGUGGAUUUUCCUAUUACAGAUGUUCUUCAGAUGAUGGGACGUGCCGGGCGACCUCAGUUUGACGAUCAGGGCAAAGCUGUAAUUUUGGUCCAUGACAUAAAAAAAGACUUCUACAAAAAGUUUCUAUAUGAGCCCUUCCCAGUUGAAUCAAGCUUGUUAGAAGUGCUCUCUGACCAUUUAAAUGCCGAGAUUGCAGCUGGCACGAUAACUUCCAAACAGGAUGCCAUGGAUUAUAUCACCUGGACUUAUUUCUUUCGGCGUCUCAUCAUGAAUCCUAGCUACUAUAAUUUAGAUGACGUGGGCCACGAGACCAUGAACAAGUUCCUUUCGAACCUCGUCGAGAAGUCCCUUGUCGAACUGGAGUAUUCCUACUGCAUUGAAAUUGGAGAGGACAAUCGGAGCAUUGAAUCUCUGACCCUGGGCCGCAUUGCUUCCUAUUACUAUCUGAAGCACCCGACCGUCCGUAUGUUCAAGGAACGCUUGAAACCCGAAAGCAGCGUGGAAGAUCUGCUGGCCGUGCUGACGGACGCGGAGGAGUACUCAGACCUGCCCGUGAGGCACAACGAAGACCAGAUGAACCACGAGCUGGCGAGGGGUCUCCCUAUCGAGGUGAACCCGCACUCGUUCGACAGCUCCCACACAAAAGCCCAUCUGCUGCUGCAAGCCCACUUCAGCCGGGCCAUGCUCCCGUGCCCCGACUAUAACACCGACACCAAGACCGUGCUGGACCAGGCUGUCAGAGUCUGUCAGGCCAUGCUGGAUGUCGCAGCCAACCAGGGCUGGCUAGUGGCUGCUCUGAACAUAACGAAUUUGAUUCAGAUGGUGAUCCAAGGCCGCUGGGUCAAUGACUCAUCUCUCCUCACGCUGCCUAACGUGGAGCAGCACCAUCUGUACCUCUUCAGUAAAUGGAGCCAAAGAACAAAGAGGGGCUCCCACACCAGCCCCCAGGGUCCCAUUGAGUGCCUCCCAGAACUAAUCGCAGCCUGUGACGGCAAAGAGAAAACAUUUGCUUCCAUCGUGGAGAAGGACCUACAGAUGACACAUAUUGUACAGGCUUGGAAUUUCUUGUCUCAUCUGCCAGUGAUAGAUGUUCACUUGAGCAUUAAAGGCUGGUGGGAUGAGUCAGUUGAUGGGCAGAGUGAAGUGUGCAUCCCAACUUUGGCAGCAGACACACGAGAUAACAAAAAAUGGAUCAAGUUACAUGCUGAUCAAGAGUAUGUGCUCCAGGUCAACUUGCACAGGUUCCAGCCAGGGCACCCGAAGGGAAAGCGUGACAGCAAGGCCGCCGCCCCCCGAUUCCCCAAAUCCAAAGAGGAAGGAUGGUUUCUGAUCUUGGGAGAGGUGGACAAGAAAGAACUGGUGGCUCUGAAAAGGGUGGGCUACGUCCGAACUCACACUACCGCCUCUGUGGCCUUCUACACGCCUGAAGUAGCGGGGAGGUAUAUCUACACACUGUAUCUCAUGAGUGACAGCUACCUUGGCAUGGACCAGCAGUAUGACAUUUAUCUGAAUAUCACACCAGCAAGCAUUUCAGCACAGGUCAACACUGAGGUCCCUGCUGCCUUGACUGACCUGGCUGGGAAGUAACCUGACCCAAAGAAUCCAUUUGGAGCAAUGGCCGUGAAGCCUGGUUCUUCAGUCUUUUUGGACAACAGAGAAAUUACUUGAUGUUUGCCUUAGUGGAAUCAACUUCUAACCUCAAGACACCUAGGAAAUUGAAAGUGGCUGCUGUAUUGACUCUAGUAACACAGAGUUAGCCACAGUGGCCUUAUAAAGUGUUGCCUUUUGUAAUUUUGUCUUCAUGGGUUUCUUGAAAUGUAAAAUGAAUAAGCACGUAGGAGAAUAUUUUCAUUUGUGUAUACUCAAGGCAAUAUUCCUAUUUAGAAUCUUCAUUCAUCUGUCACCAUCUUAUGGGGUACUGUUUACAUGAACAUCUGUUUGGGGUUUUUUUGUUGUUGUUGGUUUUUUUUAAGGAAAACUCCACUGAGGAAUUAAAGUGCAACACUAGUAAGGAAUGAUAACAGAUUUGCUGCCCCACAGUGGGACACACAUAGGAUCAAUCUGCAAAAUGAUGCAAUCUGAUUUGUUAGUAUAAUUUAUGCUCUAAAGUGGGACUCCUUUGGAAGCAAUCUUAAAAAUGUAAUAUUGGUUAUAAAUGUUAAUAAAGGUUGAUUGUUAAGUUACAUUAGA